AUGGCGGCGGUGGGGUCCGGCGGGCCGGGCGAGCGGCAGCAGAUGGUGCAGGCUCUGAGCGCGGCGCUGCGGGGCCGCCUGGGGCCCUACGAGCCGCUGCUGAGCGCCGCGCAGGCCGCGUUGGUGUGGGAGCGGCCGGGCCGCAGCGCGCUGUGGUGGGCGGCGGCGCACGGCCUCUUUUGGUUUUUUGCUCUGACUUCCCUUCGCUUGCUGUUCCUGGUCUCGCUCAUCCUCAUGGUAGUUGUUUGUCUAGAUCAGUGGAAGCACAAAAUCUGGCCUCAAAUUGGAGGGGCAAGACCUGGCGAGGUAGACAGUGAGAGCUGGGGCUAUGUCCACCCUCGACUGCUCGGGAUGCCAGAACUCUGCCACCAUCUGGCUGAAGGAUGGGUGGUUGGGACCAACUUCUUCAGUAAUCUCCUGGUUUUCAAGAGGCAAAACCCUGGCAAGUUUUGCCUUCUAGCCUGUGGAGUCUUUACUUUCCUGGCUGUCCUGGGCCGGUACAUCCCUGGGCUUCUGCUCUCCUACCUGCUGUUGCUCCUCAUCCUGCUGUGGCCCCUUGCUGUGUACCACAGGCUGGGGCAGCGCUUGUACCUGAGGCUGGAGCCAGCUCUGCAGCGGCUGGAUUUCAGUGUCCGAGGCUACAUCAUCUCCAGGCAGCGAGAGAAGCAAUUGCGUCGCAGAGCCCUUCACCAGGAGGCUAUGGAGGAUGGGAGUGACAGUGAGGAGGAGCUGGCUGCCUUCUGCCCCAAGCUGGAUGACUCUCUGGUUGCCAAGGAGUUAACCAUCUCAGACUCAGAGCACUCAGACGUGGAGGUUUCCUACACAGAGAAUGGAAUCUUCAACCUUUCCCGGGGCCAGACCCCCUUGACUGAGGGAUCUGAAGACCUGGAUGGGCACAGUGACCCAGAAGAAUCUUUUGCCAGGGAUCUCCCUGACUUCCCUUGCAUAAACCCAGAAGCACCUGGCUUAGAUGAGGAGGAUGACACCAGCAUUGGGAUCCCCAGCCUGGCCUUGCGCUCGCAAGCAACAGAGGAUCUGCACCUGCCAUCUGAGCAGGAGCUGGGCACACUGCCAGACAUGCAGCACCUCACUAACAACAUUGCUGACUUUGUCACCCGGGGCAUGAUCCAGCUGGCACUGUCGGGAGCCCCUCAGGCAGGCUCCUCACCCAGUGAGCACCCCCAGAGAGCUGCGAAGCCUUUCCUCAGAGCAGGCAGCUCAGACUUGGACACGGACGUGGAAGGAGAUGACUUUGAACUGUUGGAUCAGUCUGAGCUGAGCCAGCUGGAUCCUGCUGGCUCACGUGGCCAGUAAGACCCCCAGCACCUCCCUCUGGUUUUCUGUUGUGCAUCAUGGAGGGAGCCCUGGAAGGAGAAGCUUUGCACAGUUCUCUAGAUGGUCUCCUGUGUGAGUAUGAGUGAAGUGACAGCCAACCCUGGGAGCACCACUCUGACUCUGUAGUCUUGCUUGGGUUUGAAAAUAAACUGCACUGGUAACUCGUAGAGAAAGGCACUGAUGUGAGAGCCCCACAAUCACCAUUGCCCUGCACUGACUGCCAGGAUGCUGCUUGCUUCAAAUCUCCUUGCCUAAGACAAUAACUCUGGUGUUGCAGCUCCAGCGGCCACUGCUCAGACUGAGCUGGUGUCAGCAAGGACAAUCCCAAAGCCAAUCUUCCAGGACUGCUGUGUAACUAACUGGGUGAACAGGAUUCUUUUUCUCCUUGGACUGACAGUCUGGGACUCAAUGCUGUUUCAUCUGAGACAACCAUUCCUGCUCCCGAGAUGUCCACAGAAUCCAAGUCUUCUCUCCCAGCAAUAUCUGGGUAGGAACAGUUUCCCUGCUCCUGCUGUGGGCCCAGUGGUUGUCUGACCACAGUGUUUGUAUUUGCCAUUGCCCCAGCCCUGUGUUCCUGCUUUCUAGUGAUGUUUUGUAAGAGACACUGGCAAUAAGACACCAACUGUGACCAGAGCCCUGUGAAGUACAUCACCUGUGGCAGCUGCUCUUGUCUUGCUUUCCUGAGAUUGUGGACUAAUGCUUUGUGGAACCUCUCCAUGCUCCCCCAGCACACAUUGGGUUGGACAGCGGAGACCCAGCCUUUGCCCUGACAGAGCCUCUUGGGUUGGCUGGAGGAGGGAGGGGUGGGGCUGGUUUGGCCAGAUCUGCCCCGGCACUCGGGGUGACCUUGGGAACAGCCCCUGCUUCCAGCCUGGUGCACUGAAUGGGGACACCAGCCUGAGCCACCAGUGACCGAGGAGCUUGUGCCCAUCGUGGUCAUGUAAACAAACCAGCAUCUGAGGGGAGAGAGAGGUGCUGCCAGCAGACUCCGGCCCUGCCCUCGCCCCGUUGCCGUUGCUUUGUCUAAGCCAUAGAGCCCGGUUCCGGUCGCCUCUGUGCAGUGAAGAAAGAAGCUCUUCAGGGAGCCCUUUUUCUGCCUCAUGUGUCCAAAUGCGCCCGCGAGCUUCAGCAGGGGCUGGCGUCGGGCGGGAGAAGGGCGUCCUCAGCCCCGGGUACCGGGAGGGCUAUCGGUAAUGAGUUGCGUUUUACAAGCACUGCUUACAAGCACUGCCUCUGCGGCUGGCAUGGAGCGGUGUGUGCGGGUUUG